UUUGUCAACAUUAUUUAAUUUAUUUCUAAAUAUUUUUUACUGCCAUAUUGGCAGAUAAUUUUGCUGGUUUUAAUAGAUAAUGCUUGAAACAAACAAAAUGAUCUGCUAAUACAGUGAAAUAAUGUGGUGCAGAGUAAUCUAGAAGUAAUGAUUAGUGAGAUUACUUUUUCUAGAAAAAAGUUGUCAUCCAAUUACAUUUUGAGAGAAGUAUUUAGUAACUUGAAUGGAUUACUUUUUUGAGUCAUCACCCAACACUGGAGCUCACUAUACUAACAUCAACACUAGCAUUAUGCUGAGCCUGUUCAAUGCUCUGUUCUGACUGAAGUUAGCUCUGGGAGUGAAGAGACAUACUUUUUGCUUUUGUGUUUUUUUUUUGCUGCUCUUGAAUCACUUUUUUCUCCUCUUAACACCCAGAAGAACCUCCUCUCCAUAAAGCAGAUUAUUUCUUAAGUGCCUUGUUCAUAUCAGUCUGUCUUUACGCAGUUGUGUCAUCUUGUAACAGCAUGGAAUAGCCCAUUAUAACCACGACUGGGAUUUGGGCUGCAUUAAAAUCACACCUCAAGGUGACAGGAGGUUUGUAACCACUGGCUUGCCGUAGCUUGAUUUUUCCUCAAGAAACAAAAAAAGUGGGAAUGUUGACUUGUGGGAGACUGGCUAAGGUGGCUCUGCCAGUGGCUGUGCCUGGCACUCUGUACCUCAUGUCAGGAACAGUUUCUGCUGCCAGUGAUACCAAAGAAAGUGAUCCUUCAUUGAUGGUUGAUGAGCUUUCCCUCUAUACCACCCCACACUCUCAAGUGAAUUAUGUGGAGUCAGAAGUUGGCCAAGUGGAGCAGGGUGUAGCAGUGCUGAGGAAAUCAGCAGAGCCGUGCACAAAAUGGUGUCAGGAAAAGACAACCUAUGCUCUGGACAAAACAGAGGAAUUUUAUAAGACCAUAGAGCCUGGUGUUGAUACAUCUCUAAGGACUAUAAAAGACACCUAUGAGUUUCUGAAUGAUCCUCCGUCUGAGUUCUACCCAAGUGUUGGUGUUGUGGGUUUCUCUGGAAUCCUUGGACUUUACCUCGCUAAAGGCUGCAGAGUGAAAAGGCUGCUUUUUCCUGCUGGGCUGAUGACUCUGAGUGCCUCCCUGUUUUAUCCACAGCACGCUGCUUCUGUGGCUAAGAUGGGCAAAGAUCAGAUAUCCCGCUGGGGUUCACAGGGGCGCAUACUUUUGGAGGGUCUGUGGAAGGGAAAAUCGUCUGCCAAGGAGGAGAAAUGAACAGUCAAAGAUCAAUGCCAGAUCAAAGGUUAUCAAGGAGAAAGCAGUAAGUGUUAUGUAUGUCCACCUCUCUGGUCUUUAAAAUGCACCUUUCGGUCAUAAACAAAAGGCCUUGCUUAGUUUAUUGAUACAACAGUCAAACAUUUACAACGUGAGGGGAUGCGGAACUAUCUCAAGUGUGUACUUUAUGCAAAUAUUCUACAAACCGUUGCUUUUGCAAUAUAUGUUUCUUGCAACAUAUGCAUGAAACUGUUAACCUUGCUGGUGGAUGUCUUAAGAGGUUUACGUUGACAUUUACGUUGAGUGGAACUGACCUACAAGUUCUGUGCAUCAUAUGGAUAAGUGAAGAUGGUCCUCUAGUGUUUUAAUUUAAACAGUAUUUUUUAAGCCACUACCAUUGUUAUUGCAACGGAUUGAUGUUUACAUCACAGUUAGCAUUGUGUUAAUUUGUAUUAUUUGUACAUAUAUUUAAAGAAUGGAAUAUGAAUUGAUUUUGUAGCCAGACAGUGUUUAAUUUUUCAGUAAACCUUCUUUGUUAAAAUAACUGUUUGAUGUAUGGUAUGUUAAUAUCAUGGUUUCAUCUUUAAAUGUGUGUAUUUAUAAUUUAAGCUACUGUGUGAUUUACUCGGUGUUUCCUAAUGCAUCAGUGACCAUGUUCAGAUACACUUCUAAUAAAAUGAGACUAUGCUCGUUAAAGAAUUACUAUAAUUCUUCACCCUGAGGGACUCGACUAGGAUGGUAAUAAUCCUAAUUUUUUUCCACAUAAUAUUUGCCUGCAGUUCCAGCAUUUUCAUAUUGGCUCUUAUCAUGAUUAGUUAUUUGCACUACCAUUCAGAAGUUUGGGAUCAGCU